CCCAGUACUCCCAAAUGGACCAAACCACAAUCGAACACACAAAGUUGAGCUAUAUUGACUAAAAUGAUGAGGUCCUUAGCCAACCUCUUGUUGUCCAUCCCUGUACUCCUUCUCUUCAGCCUCUUCUUCAUCUCCUCUCUGCAUGCAGCCACCUUCGAGAUCCGCAAUGAAUGUCCUUACACUGUUUGGGCAGCAGCCAGCCCAGGCGGUGGCCGCCGCCUAGACCGGGGACAAAGCUGGACCCUCAACGUGGCUGCUGGCACUGCCAUGGCUCGUAUAUGGGGUAGAACCAAUUGCAACUUUGAUGCUAGUGGUCGUGGCCGUUGCCAAACUGGGGACUGUAGUGGGGGCCUACAAUGCACAGGCUGGGGUGUCCCUCCUAACACCCUGGCUGAAUACGCCCUAAACCAGUUUGGUAACAUGGAUUUCAUUGACAUCUCUCUGGUGGAUGGGUUCAAUAUCCCCAUGGACUUUAGCCCAACCACGGGCAGCUGUCGUGGAAUUAGAUGCACUGCUGACAUUAAUGGGCAGUGCCCCGGAGAAUUGAGGACACCAGGUGGGUGCAAUAAUCCCUGCACAGUUUUCAAGACCAAUGAAUAUUGUUGCACAAAUGGGUACGGCAGCUGUGGACCCACAAAUUUCUCAAAGUUCUUCAAGUCUAGGUGCCCGGAUGCUUAUAGUUACCCUCAGGAUGACCCUUCAAGCACAUUUACAUGCCCUGGUGGGACUAAUUAUAAGGUUGUUUUUUGCCCAAGAGGGUCCCCACGUUUCCCUCUGGAGAUGGUUGGAGGUAUGAGUGAAGAAUAAGAAGAGAGAGAGUCUGGGUUCAUGAGUGAGUUUUUCAAGCUUUUGAGAGCUCUAUAGAUUGAUGAAAAUAAGGUGAUCUGAGAGUUGGUAUUAAUGUACUAGUUAUUUUACUUUUGUUUGCGUGUUUCUGCUGAACUGUAUAUCAGAAAAAUAAUUGAAAUAAAGAGCUGGUUUUUAUCA